AUGGCGUCUCCCCCGGGGCCCUCCGGCCGAGCAGCCUGGACGGUGGCCGACCUCCUGCGCUUCUCUCCCCCGCCCUGCUCCCCGCCGCCCCCGCCACGACGCCCGCCCUGGAACCGCUACCGCCUGUCCGACAGCAUGAAGGGCCUGCUGGUGGCGCUGUUGGGGGGCGGCGUGCCGGCCGGCUUCGUGGCGCCCUUCACGCGCAUGGCCAACGAGGCCUCAGGCAUCCCUUCGCUGGAGAUCCUCCUCUUCCGCUGCAUCCUGCACCUCCUCUUUGCGUGCUACCUGCGCUGCCAGAAGGCCCCUUGCUUCGGGCCGCCGGAGGCCCGCCAGCGGACGCUCCUCCACGCCUCAAUCAAUGUCAUCUCCAUUGGCUGCGCCUACAGCUCCUUCAUGGUGGUGCCCAGCGGGAACGCCGCCACCGUCCGCAAGGGCUCAUCGACCAUCUGUUCCGUCCUGCUGGCGCUCUGCAUCGAGAACGGCAGCCUGACGGGGUACGACUGGUUCGGGCUGCUGGGCAGCACCCUGGGCCUGAUCAUCAUGGUGGUGCCCGACCUGCUGGACCUCGACAAGAGCACCCAGCUGUACGACACCUUCGGCUACGCCUUGGCCUGCCUCGGAGGGAUGGCGCUGGCCCUCGGCCUGGUCAUCUUCCGGGCCCUGGAGUUCCCGGCCAAGCUGAUGACGGUGGCCUUCCUCUUCGGCGUGGUGGGAAGCCUGGUGUGCUCACCGGCCAUGUUCCUCCUGCAGCAGCCCGUCAUGCCCCUGGACCCCUUGACCUGGACUUGCGUGGCGGCCAUCAGCUUUCUGGCGUUGGUCUCCUUCCUGUGCGCCAGCUACGCCGUGACCAAGGCGCACCCGGCCCUGGUGUGCGCCGUGCUGCACUCCGAGGUGGUGGUGACGCUGGCGGUCCAGUACUACGUCCUGCGCGAGGCCGUCACGCCCUUUGACAUCAUGGGGGCGGGGGUCAUCCUCGGGAGCAUAGUGAUCAUCACGGCCCAGAACAUCAGCUGUGACGCGGCCGAAGACGAGGAGGAGACCAUCGUCCAGCUGAAGGACGGCAAAUAGCUGAGGCAGGGCAGGA